CGCCCCCUGGCCGAGGGCCACUUCCGUUCGGGUAAGAUGUCGGCUGCCAUCGCUGCCCUCGCGUCAUACGGGGGCUCGGACUCCGAGUCCGAUUCGGGGUCGGAUGCUGAAGGCAGGCCCAGCCUCUCCGCUCAGGUCGCCGGCGCCGACGCGGUGCUUCACCUGGCGCCGCCGCCCUCUGCGCAACAAGUGCUACUACCCGUGGUGGACUCGGCCCCGGCGGUGUCCGUGAAGGAAGAUGUGGAAACAGGGGUUCAUCUUGAUCCAACCACCAAGGAAGUUCAGUAUAAUCCAAGGUAUGACACCAUGUUUGCACCAGAGUUUGGGCCAGUCAAUCCAUUUAGGACUCAACAGAUGGCAGCUCCCAGGAACAUGCUUUCUGGAUACACAGAACCAGCACAUAUUAAUGAUUUCAUGUUUGAACAACAGAGAAGAACAUUUGCAACUUACGGAUAUGCACUAGAUCCUUCGAUAGAUAAUUAUGAAGUUUCUACUAAAUAUAUUGGAUCUGUAGAAGAAGCAGAAAAAAAUCAAGGUUUAACUGUGUUUGAAACAGGACAAAAGAAAAUGGAGAAAAGGAAAAAAUUCAAAGAGAAUGAUGCAUCUAAUAUAGAUGGCUUCUUGGGACCUUGGGCAAAAUAUGUUGAUGAAAAGGAGGUUGCAAAACCUUCAGAAGAAGAACAGAGGGAACUGGAUGAAAUAACUGCAAAAAGGCAGAAGAAGGGCAAACAUGAAGAUGAUAAACCUGGAGAAGAAAAGACAGUUUUGCAUGUCAAAGAGAUGUAUGACUAUCAAGGGAGGUCCUACCUUCAUGUUCCUCAGGAUGUUGGUGUUAACCUACGUUCAACAGUACCCCCUGAAAAGUGUUACCUUCCUAAGAAACAAAUCCAUGUAUGGUCAGGUCAUACAAAGGGAGUCAGUGCUGUCAGACUGUUUCCUCUUUCUGGCCAUCUGCUCUUAUCUUGUUCCAUGGACUGUAAAAUUAAGCUCUGGGAAGUGUAUGGUGAACGAAGAUGUUUGAGAACAUUCAUUGGGCACAGUAAAGCUGUUAGAGAUAUAUGCUUUAACAAUGCUGGGAACCAAUUCCUCAGUGCUGCAUAUGACCGGUAUCUCAAACUGUGGGACACUGAAACAGGACAGUGUAUUUCAAGAUUUACCAACAGAAAAGUUCCUUACUGUGUCAAAUUCAAUCCUGAUGAAGAUAAACAGAAUCUUUUUGUAGCAGGAAUGUCAGAUAAGAAAAUUGUGCAGUGGGAUAUUCGAAGUGGAGAAAUUGUUCAGGAGUAUGAUAGACAUUUGGGGGCUGUCAACACCAUUGUUUUUGUGGAUGAGAACCGAAGAUUUGUAAGUACAUCGGAUGACAAGAGUUUAAGAGUCUGGGAAUGGGACAUUCCAGUAGAUUUUAAGUACAUAGCAGAGCCAAGUAUGCACUCAAUGCCAGCAGUGACUUUAUCUCCAAAUGGAAAAUGGCUUGCCUGUCAGUCAAUGGACAAUCAGAUUUUGAUUUUUGGAGCUCAAAACAGAUUCAGGCUAAACAAAAAGAAAAUCUUCAAAGGUCAUAUGGUGGCAGGCUAUGCUUGCCAGGUAGAUUUUUCACCUGAUAUGAGCUAUGUGAUCUCAGGUGAUGCAGAUGGAAAGUUAAAUAUCUGGGACUGGAAGACAACAAAACUCUAUAGUAGAUUAAAAGCCCAUGACAAAGUUUGCAUUGGUGCAGUGUGGCACCCACAUGAAACAUCCAAAGUGAUCACUUGUGGAUGGGAUGGUCUCAUUAAACUCUGGGAUUGAAGGCUGAACUAUAGAAGUGUUAUCUCUAAUCAGGCAGUUAAUAUCUGAUACUUCAGGAUCCAUACUCUGCAACAAAUGGGGUCUGAAACAAGGACAUUAAUACAGCUGAUUCAGGUACUUCAGUAUUAUUGUGCGCAUAGCACAUUGGAAAGUCAGAAGUCUGAAAUGUUUCCGUACAGCAAAUCACUGCACAAAUUGACUAAAUAUGCUAGUCCUUCCAGAAAUUAAAAGAAUUAAAAGAAAAUGGAGAGAUGUUCAUGCAACUUUUUUUUUUAUGGAACUGAAGCCAAAGCCUCACAAGGUUCAUUCUGCUUUCUAAGUGCACAGUUUGGAAGAAAAAUACUUAAAUGUUAACUUAAUAUUAAUGUAUUAAGGAUUUUUUAAAACUUGCUGGGAAUCUUCAACAGUUCCUAAAUACAACAGGAUAUUGUUUCCAUGCAUAUUUUCUAAAAAUUGCUACUAAGAACUUUUUGGGGGAGCGGGGAAGGAUUUCAUAAAAAAUGUUAGUCAAAUGGAAAUACCUGUCUUUACAAAGAUGUAAAUAAAUUGCAGCCCCAGUUCUAUUUUCUUGGAGGAAGAAAAUGUUGCUUUCUCCAGUCCUUCAGCACAGAUAUAGAACCAAACC